GUCAUAAUGCACCAUUCUGAUAGGUCCUUGUCUGAUUGAACAUCGUUCUCUGAAAUCAUGCGCACCUUGGUUUCAGAUUUUGUUCUGAUUGUCAUUCUCGCUGAUCUUGUGUCCAACAGGUCUCCUACUCCUUGACCAUCCCUAGGGGUGGCAUCGAAUUCAACGUGGCUGUUUCUGGGGCAAGCCUUGAGCUUCACCACCGAAAAACCAGAGUUUUGGUGCACAAAAAAAGGAUCAAACAGAGCAAGUUGCGAUUCAGGUCAUCAUGACAGGUCUUGGUGGAGAACUAUCGCAACUCAUUUUUUUGAAGAGACUCCGCACAUCAUAGCUGUGUUGGGACCGAAGGGCCACAUGGGCCACAUGCCACAGGAUUAGCUUCAGCGAUUCGCGUUUUGAUUCGUAAAGGCGUCGCCUCAACCUUUUUUUCCUUGGCAGUGGCCCUGUUCUGAGCGAUGGAGCCAUCCAGACCUACAUCAUCUACCACGUCGGCAAACUUAGCUGUUGUGCCACGUGGUGGACACGUCGUGGACUUUGUAGUUCUCUUCGCGGUUCCUUUUUUCUCCGUCUUAUCUCAAAGUGUUGUUAGAAAUUUAGUGUUUUCUCGAAACAUUAGCCAGACUUGGUCCAAUGUGUUUUUGGCCGAACCCGCUGAAUAGCCAAAGACCUUGCAAUGGGCCAGAGACUCCUUGCGAUCAUCGCCAGGGGUCUGCAACCGCUUCGAGUCCCACUUUCUCCGAAACAGGGCAUUUUUCAAAUCCAAAGACGUUCGCGGAUGGAAAAACCUUCGGCUUUGAUGCCGGCAGCCUGCUUCAGUUUCAUUGCUUCCUGCACGAUGCGAUUUCGGCGGCUGCAGAAGCGGCAACUUUCCAGGAUCGGUCGCUUCAACAUGUUUGCCACGGGUGAGCCGAGGAGAAGGCUCUUGCGUCCAGAGACACGCAUUGCCCACGCCCCAGCGCUGCAGAAGUCAGAUGAUAUCUGGCUUUGCUCUGGCGUCUCGGAACUGCUCGACAGUUAUGAUGCCUUCACCUUGGACCAGUAUGGUGUACUCCACAACGGACGUGAGGCAUAUCCUGGUGCUGCUGAGUGUGUUGCUCGGAUGAAGGCAGCUGGUAAGCCUUGCGUGAUCCUCUCCAACUACGCUGGUCGUGCAGAACGACAAAAGGAGAAAUUGCCGGACAUAGGCUUUGAUCCUGACGAUUUGGCUGGAGUUGUAACGUCGGGAGAACUGGCUCAUCGCUAUUUGUCAAAGCAAGGAAAACUUGGCACUCGCGUGCUGUGGAUUGCCUGGUCGGAGCGAGAGAAGCGGGGACUUGGCGACUUCUUUGAAGGGCUUGAAGAUUACACGUUGGUCUCCAAUGUGGAAGAUGCUGAUUUCAUCCUGGUCUCUGGUGUUGAAAGCCGCUUUGCAGGGACAGAGGCUGAAGAGGCGUGCGACUACGAGCGCACUGGAGAGCAUCGGCUGUACCGGCCUCUCUUCCGUGCAGCGAUCCAGAGAAUGUUGCCGAUGAUUUGCGCGAAUCCAGAUUUGAGAGUCAUUCGGCCCUCUGGCUGGAGGGCAUACCUUGGCGGAUCACUUGCAGCGUAUUAUGAGCGGCUGGGCGGGCAGGUGAUCUACUUUGGCAAGCCACACAGCUCAGCUUUUGAGGAGGCUCGUCGCCAGCUGUGUCUGGCAGUGGCUGGGGACGAGGACGCGGCCUUGGAGCUCGAGCUGGAUGAGGACUUUCGCAUAUGUCACGUUGGUGACUCGUUGCAGCACGAUGUGAGGGGCGCUCGCUCGGUCGGUUUUGCUGCAGCUUUCGUUGGACGAACAGGCCUUCAUGCAGACGACAUGGGAGGCCAAGAUGCUCCACUGACCAAGGAAGGCGUUCGCGACCUUUGCUUGGAGCACAAGGUGCCACUGCCACAGGCUGCUCUCCCACGGUUUCAGUGGUGAGUUUGGCCUAAGCCAUGGACAUCACGAAGCUCUGAAAGCUUGAUGCAACCCAAGAUGGGGAAGCUCGCUUUCAGGAAAGCUCGAGAGUGCCAAAAUGACGCUCUUUUCCAAUGUUCGGCCGAAGUCAGAUGCAAACAAA